AUGAGUGUCCGAGACCAGAUCGUCCCGUCGCUGGAUACGGUGAAGGAUGUGCUGGCCAAGCAGCAGGGCCCCAAGAAGCCAAACCUCGUCCCGCUGUACGGCCAGAUCUCUUCGGACCUGAUCACGCCCUCCUCCGCCUACCUGAAGGUCGUGGCUCACACCAAGUCUCCCUACUCCGUCCUCUUUGAGAGCGCUGCGUCGGAGCAGGUCGGCCGGUACAGCUUCGUCGGUGCAGGCCCGAGGAAGAUACUCAAGACCGGCGAGGGCCACGGCGAGUCCUGCGAUCCACUCCCUGCGCUGGAGAAGGAGCUCUCGCAGUAUGUCGUUGCUGAGGUUCCGGACAUGCGCCUGCCCCCUCUGACGGGUGGUGCUAUUGGGUAUAUCGGAUACGACUGCGUCAGAUAUUUUGAGCCCAAGACAGCUCGACCUAUGAAGGAUGUUCUGCAGAUCCCGGAGUCACUCUUUCACUUUUAUGAUACCAUAAUAGCAUUUGACCGCUUCUUCGGCGUCAUCAAGGUCAUCACCUAUUUGAGGGUCCCCGAGGACCCGGCCGACAUCGACAGCGAGUAUGCCAAGGCGGUGAAUGUCAUUGAGGAUCUUGUUGGCGUCCUCGAGGCCCCCGAGACCCCAUUGCCCGAGCAGAAGCCCAUCCAACUCGGCCGUGAAUACACGUCCAACAUUGGCCAGGAUGGGUACGAAAGCCAUGUCAAGAAUCUGAAGAAGCAUAUCGUUGUGGGAGACAUCAUCCAGGCCGUCCCAUCCCAACGCUUCGCUCGGCCCACGGAUCUGCACCCUUUCAACAUCUACAGGCACCUCCGCACUGUCAACCCGUCGCCAUACCUUUUCUUCAUCGAUAAUGGAGACUUCCAGAUCAUUGGUGCAUCCCCAGAACUUCUUGUCAAGGAAGAGGCCGGACGGAUCAUAACCCACCCCAUCGCCGGUACUGUCAAGCGAGGCAAGAACCCCGAGGAGGACGAGCGCCUGGCUACCGAGCUGGCAAAUUCUCUGAAGGACCGCGCUGAGCACGUCAUGCUGGUCGACCUGGCGCGCAACGACGUCACGCGCGUCUGCGAUCCAAUGGAGACCCGGGUCGACAGGCUAAUGGUCGUGGAGAAAUUCUCGCACGUCCAGCACCUUGUGUCCCAGGUCUCGGGAGUCCUGCGGCCUGGAAAGACCAGGUUCGACGCCUUCCGCUCCAUAUUCCCCGCCGGCACGGUCUCUGGCGCGCCCAAGGUCAAGGCCAUGGAGUUGAUCGCCGAGCUGGAGAAGGAGAAGCGUGGUGUCUACGCAGGUGCCGUCGGGUACUUUGGCUACGGCAGCGUGACCCCUGCUGGGGUGGAGAAGGAGGGAGCCAUGGACACGUGCAUCGCUCUUCGCACGAUGAUGACCAAGGAUGGCGUGGCAUAUCUCCAGGCUGGUGGUGGUAUUGUGUUCGACUCGGACCCGUAUGAUGAGUGGAUGGAGACGAUAAACAAACUCGGUGCGAAUAUGCAAUGCAUCACUUCCGCCGAAAAUAUUUACGUGGCCCGUCAGACGAAAGGAACUCAGUAG